AUGUCAUCAAGCGAAGGAAGGAAGAGAUAUGCGGCAGUGUGGGGAAAUGGUGAUUACGGAAGAUUAGGAUUCGGAAGUUUGGAAUCUCAGUGGAGACCUAAGCUUGUUGAUUCCUCCUCUUUUCAUAAUCAGAAUCUUAAAUCCAUUUCUUGUGGCGGUGCUCACACUCUCUUCUUGACAGAAACCGGGCGUGUUUAUGCCACCGGUCUUAAUGAUUUUGGACAGCUUGGCAUCUCAGACAACAAUACAUAUUGUAUGGAGCCACUUGAAGUUUCUAGACUCAAAAAGGAAAUUGUACAGAUCUCAGCUGGUUAUCAUCACUCAGGUGCUAUUACAGAGGCUAAAAAGGCUGUCCCUCUACCAACAAAAGUAGAAUGCUUGAGCGGAAUCAACAUUAAAAUGGUAGCUUUGGCUUCAGAGCACUCAGUUGCAAUUACUGGUCUAUGGAGGGCAGGCCUUAAGUUGGGGAGGAGGAGGAUUUGGGCAACUAGUACUGGUGUACCUUAUUUCAAGGUCAUGAAUCUAGGUGGCAUGAAUUUGUUUACCAUUCGUUCUGCUAUUGUUUCCCUGAGCCUAAGAUGUGAAUAUACACCUAGGCACAUUAAGAAACUGGAAGGGGUUAAGGUUAAAAAUAUAGCUGCUGGCUUGCUUCAUUCAGCCUGCAUUGAUGAAAAUGGUUCUGUUUACGUAUUUGGUGAAAGAGCAGUAGAUAAAUUGGGUUUUGGAGAUGCAAACAAUGCAACAACGCCAUCUAUGAUACGCAAAUUGCCAUAUUCUCAAGAAGUAGCAAGUGGUGGCUAUCACACAUGUGUUGAUAAAAUAUGUUUUGUUGACAGUUCUACUGAUGUCUUGCAUUUACCAGAGCGAGUUGAAGGCCCUUUUUUGAGAUCUCCUGUUGACAAGGUAUCUUGUGGUUGGAAGCAUACAGCAGUGAUUUCAGAUGGCAAUGUCUUUACCUGGGGUUGGGGAGGAUCACAUGGAACAUUUUCUGAAGAUGGGCUUUCUUCUGGUGGACAGUUGGGUCAUGGAGAUGAUAUUGACUAUGUAAAUCCUACAUUGGUUGCCUUUGAAAAGAAAAUGAAAGCAUUGGAAGUGUCAUGUGGAUUUAAUCACACAGGUGCCAUACUUGAAAGCAUUGAAGCUUAA